AUGAACCCCGUCAGUGUCGGGGAGUACCAUGGACUGCGGGUAGGCUCUGCCCUGGUCAGCAUUGUGGCGGGCUGCAUCAUCAUUGGGGUGUCUAGGGAGUGUGAUGCUGAUGCUGUAGGAGGGAUCUUCCUGGGAGCAGGGGGGCUCGGUGAGUGUGUGUCCAUGUGAAACCUUCUUCGGUGAUUACUGAAAGUUAGACAGUUAGCAUUUUAACACAUAUUUGUGAAUUAACUAUAAUGUCCAGUUUGGGGUUUGGGAGACAUUUCAAUAUACUUUGCAGGGCAUAAUUAAACACAGAUAUUCAGUGACUGGUAUUUCAAUUGCACUUCUAUACCCAUCCUAUGUCGCUUGAGUUAAAGCUAUGGUUUUGAAGUUUAAGACUUCUUUGGGAAAGGGCUGAACUAAAAUCUUAAUUUACACACCAGAAUAACAGUCUCCACACAAAACAUUGGAACAAAGUUAAUACAUAACUGUACAGCUUGAUGUAUGACCCAACUGAGGCAUGGAAAAUUGAAAAGAUCCAUAUUUUGUGCAUGUAUUUUCAAAAAUGAGUGAGCUACAAUUGUGCUUAGUACUUAAUGGGUGUUUGUAAAUUCAUUGCCCCACAUAUUAUUUAAAGAAAUAACAUUUAUUUAAGAAUGAAGUUUAACGGUCAAACAUUCUCCUCAGAAUACCAUCUGGGUUAGCUGUAAAAAAAAUGUAAUAAUUAUAAGAAUAACAGAUCAAAUAUCUCUGACUUUUGACAUUUUCCACUCACUGUUCUCAAAAAAACCCAUCAUGUGACCAUUUGAUCCGAUGGUGAAACUAGAACUGUCUGAAUUGCCUUCUGAGAGAGAACGAGCGAAGGAGCGAGCUUCUGAUCCGAGGAUAACAACACCGGCAUGCAUUGUUAAUGUGAAAUGUACUCUCACUGAUAAUUAUAUCAGCUCUACAUUAUUAAUUUGUGUCUUUCAGGAAUCAGUAAAUCAGAACUGUACCCAGCUACCUGGCAAAGACAUUGACUGUGUUGGAACCAAAGAGCAGAUAGUGCUGUGUUUAGUCUGACUUACAGGCAUGAGCAGAAUUCUUUGUAGAUUAUUUUCACUCCUUCUGCAGUUUUCAUGAAAUUUUGUACACUUGCAUGCAUCACAGCCACCCUCAGGCCCUGCCGCAGUUUAAUGCCAGUUCUCUGGGCUUGUAAGGGAAAUCAAUAACUGUUCAAUCUGAGCUAGGUGCCACUGAGAGGCACACGGGCCCCGCGGUUCAGAUAUUACUUUAAGCCUCACACACUGUCUAUGGUACAUUAAAAACAGUCUGAAGACAGUUUCAUCAAACAGCCCCACUGUUUAUGGCAAUGUCUAUGAGAAUACAGACGGCUCUAGCUCCUGCUGGGGCUUGGGGGCAAAUUUUAAUUUAAAAGUUUUUAUUACAAACACUUGAGCGUAUAAAAUCAUCAGAUUGCAAUAUAUUUCUACGUGUAAGUGAUUAGAUUUUUCAUUCGGAAAACUAAUAUCCUUUUAUAAUUUAGGAGGCUGCAAUUCUUCUCUCCACUUCAGGUUUUCUUUCAGUCUUCUUUUUGCAAACUCACACUGUGUUUUUAAUCACUGACUUUUAUCAUCAUUCUUUGACAUAACAUUGUGACUCAAAUUCACACUAAUACCGCAGUUGUUCGAUCUUUUACUGUCAUAUGAGGAUACUAAAAAAAUACAGCGUUUUAUUCGGUCAUCGGAUUGAUUAUGUUUUCUGCAUUACAGGCCUGCUCAUAUCGAUCUACCCUUUCAUAAAAGCUUGGCUCAACAUCAACCAUAUUCUUCCAUCCUUUGGUAAGCAUGUGAUGUUCAUGUAUCCUGCGUCAUAUCCAUAUUUAUUGACAUGACCUCAUUUUUUCAUGCAGGACAGUAUUUGUUGCCUAAAUGUUGUGACAAAGCAAAACAGCACACUCCUGACAAGAUCAAGGUCAAAACAAAGAGUCUAUUCUUAAAUUUGCUGCAACAUCAACAGCCUUGAAACAAAACCUCAAUUACAAAUGUGGGGUUCAACAGGAUGUCAGCCACUCUGCUAUUUUCAAAGUAAAGGUAUUCAAAGGCCUUGUAUCUUACCUAACUCCUCUUGGAGGUCUCAACAGGGAAUUAAAGUAUGAUAUCUUCAAUCUUGAGAAGUUUGUGAGAAAGUAGUGCUGCUUCACCUUUGCCUGGCAUUAUUUUGACCUCCUGUUCAAUAUUUUAAAAUCUAACAGGACUUUGAAGUCUCUAUUUUGCUUUGAAAAAAGAUUUCUGUCUAAAUGAACGACUGAAGGACACGAUUUCUUAACAUUCCAGGAAACUUCAGAGUGCAUCCCACAUCUGUCAAUCCAGCUCCUGAGCCCCCUGUGGAGACACUAAGAAGAGAAGGUCAGUGACUUUGCAGGGCACAGGCAGGUGGCCAUACACUCUUGAACACUUAUUUUAGUGCUGCAGUUGCAGCUGCUCAAACAUAUCUGUAACAGCUUCCAGCGCUGAUAAUCCUGUAAACACAGGUGAAUACAUAAUAAACAAUGCGACAACAUGUGUGCCAAUCUUUAGGUGAGGAUUUUCACAGAUUGGUGACACGUGAUAUGACUUUUGCGGUAUAUCUGUGUGUUUGUGCUCUUGGCAGGGACUCAGAGUCAACUAAAUCUGGAACGUUCAAAGAGCCGAAUGGGGACCUUUGUGGAGGGCGGACCGAUGGCAGAGACCAAUGCAGAUGAGGGGUAUAAAGACUGAUAUUACAUCCUAUGACCUGCGCAGUUGAUGGAUUUGUGAUUUCUACUGAAAAGGAAGAAGUGGUGUUAUGUUUAGAAGGUACAAGAAAGAUAAGAAUAAGAUUGAUAGAUGUAUGAAACAGCUUCCAACUUAGAUCACAUUUGAGUCACUCCUUAACCUUCACAGAUAACAAAAAGAUCGUUUUCCCCCUAAUGUAAUUCUUCUCACUUAGCUCUGUAGCUAUGUAAGAAACAAAUCAAUAUAUUCACAAAACAUCUAAUAAAUUAGAAUCUUAAAUCUAAUCUAUGUGAAAAAUUCUGCUAACCUAAUGUAGAGCAACUUUCUGUUUUCAUUAUCAGUAAACAAACUUGUUCAAACCAUUGCAUUCGAAUUGUAAUGACAUUGAGAAAAGUGAAAAUGAAAGUCAAGAAGAAAAAGAACAGGGAUCUGCAUAUGUCUGCCCAACGUUAAGAGUAUAUGGACCAAAGGUUUUCACGCCUCUCUGGAGGUUUAAGGUGAGAUUUGUGUAGGAAUGUAUCUGGAGGCGUCAUAGAUUUUUAUUGGAUUUAAUUUACCUGAACUUCAAGGACAAUUAGAGAAAUUAUUUUGGUCUAUAAAAACACGAAAUCUAAGCUGGAUAACCCUUAUUAGAUGGCAGAACUGGUUUAACUUCCAGUAGUCACAGAGAUAAUGAACAGUGGCUGCAGUGAUGCUUUUAUAUUGCUAUCAUCAGAUUAUGACAGAACUAGUGCAGCUUUCCGGUGCAGUGCAUUGAUUUCUGUCUGCUGCUUUCAUCUCACAAAGGUCAUUUAGGUUAUGGGCAGUUUAAUAUGGAUUGUUUUGUACAAUUUCAUGGCUAAAUAACUGCAUUUGGAUUCCAAACAACACAUUUAGACUGGAAAAGGAAGAGUACACCCAUAAAAUGAAGACUGCUAAAUCACGUAGUAGGCAUUAAGUUGAUGAAAUUGAAUUUAAUCUUAUAUGUCUAUAUCUGCUGUACUCUUAAGUCUGAUAUUGAUAUGAGGAGACUAAUGUAGUAAACUUUAUUUUAUUCUAAUAAAACAAUCUUUAUAAUUACUGAUAAAAACCUAAGACUGUGUGUUGACCAUCAUGUGAUAUCAAACAUUUUCCUGUAUGUAACGUGCACAAGACUUUUCUAUGCUUUGUAUUCUUAAGUGCACAUUAUCAGGAUUUAUUGCAUUGUAAACAGAUGCCUGAAUGCAAAUACAAUUUGUAUCCGACAGACAGAAACAAUGCUUCAUCUUUUUUGUGUGAGUCAUGCUUUGAUGUGUUGCAGGACUUCUUCAGACAUGCCAGAUGUCCUCUCAAGACGGAAAUUCAAGCCGGCACCCUCUGAUCAGGACCUGCCAUGA